GAAUUUUUGGGGCCCGGGGGAACGUCAGAAAUCAUCGGAUAGUUGAAAUUCGACGACCAUAUGGGUGGAGGCAGGGAAUGUUUUUUCUACAACCAGAUUCUGGUCACAGCGACUCAAAAACUCGAUAUUCACGCGUACGGGAGUCUAAUAGCGCUAUGUACCCAUUUUCAGAACCUUCCAAACGUUCUGCGUUAUAUUGUGGUCGAUGUGCGGCGAGGUGAGGUAGCACGUGAUCAGGCUGAGAAUUUCUUGGCGUGGGUGGAGAUGCGGGGAAUGGGGAAGGCGACAUUUCCCACGCGACGACACGCUCUGAAUGAAUGAAACAAUGUAAUACAAUGCGGGGAUG